UCAUCUGUCCAGGGCUGCAUUUUCCCCCUCAUCUUUCAACCUUUGCCCUCUUUCUCUGCCCCACUGCGAGAAAAAAAAAAUCCUGUUAGACCUCAGGUGUUCGGCUGAUUGGAGCCAUGCAGCCGCUUUCACGUUGAAUCUUGACCAGGUUCUGCCGAUCUAGACCAUUGAAUGAGGCACUAUGAGGCAUUCUCGAUGUAAUUCUUUCAGAUUCAGUGGGUGUGUAUGUGUAUGGGAAUACGAAACGCCACAUGGACUGAUGGAGUCAAUGGACACAAACACACAACGCUCAGUCCAGACCCUGAUCCUAUCCCCUCCCCCACCUCCCAGUCUUCGACCGAUCAACAUUCCGUCACUUGCAAUCUACUGUGUAUACUCAAUACCGCAUCCUCCAGUUGAUCCAACACCGCUCAACCCGGGAGCCUCACGACUAGCCCCCACAAGAUGUGCUACAGCUGGCCCCGCCAGAGGUUGGGUCAGAUGGUACCUGAUAUUCUCCUCCUCCUUGUGGAAGAGCUUGAUCUCUUCCGUCUACAUUCCUUUUUCCACACUCCUCCAACCAUCUCAAGAAGCUCGAGAAAGCCCGUGGAGGAGCAAAUGCGCCAACACUGGGGCUGAAGCUAUCGACAGCUGUGGCUGGCUAUCAACCCACCAGACGAGGUUGGAAGCUAAAAUCCUUCGAGCGAUUUUGGCACAACCUGCUGCACUCCGUCUUCUAUUGCUCAGCGAACACAGAGUGUUCGAUCGCGAACCGUACCUGCGCCUCUCUGACCAACCAACAGCUGUCUCGGCCUCGGCAAUCUGGAAGUUUAGCCACUCACACAGGAGGAACUUUCUCUGUGGGAGCGAGUGCCCCUGACUGCUCUUUACCAGCGGGGAGAUCCAUCCAACCCAACAAGAGAGAUGGAUGGUUUGUGCGGUUUCACAUGACGCAUCUGGGAUGUUGUCCUGUUCGGAGGAGCAGGGGCUACACCAGCAUCAGGCUCAUUUCCAGACCCCCUUCCGAUGAGACAGAACA